CAUUGCUCAACAUAUGGACUACAGAGACACCAUGUAAAGUAGCGUAGCCCGUGGCAGAAAUCUGAAAGAAGACAUAGAUGUGAAUUGGUAGGUCUUUUGUGUAAACAAUAUAUUCCAUCUCCUUGAAGGAUACGGCCCUAACGCGAUCUGCUCCAUUUCACGUAAAGCCGAACAAUAGCCUUGUACAGCAACCGCCCUGCUUUGACACAAUUGGUAGCGUUUAGAAGGGAAAAAAAGGUGUCUCAAAAGGCUCGAAUGCAUUUAUCAAUGGACACCCUGGGAAUAGUGGACGAUAGCUGCCUGGACAAUUAUGACAUUGCAAAAGGUGCUGGGUCAAGCAUUGGAGGCCGGGUCCACAGCAUCGAUGUUAUACUGGGAUUCACUAAAGACCAGGACCCUUUACUCCAUUCUGAAGGGGAGGAUGACAGCCUAAAAGCCAACGGAGAGAACGCACAGCACCCUGAGAAGCAGGUCCCGUCUGCUGCUUACGGGCACCUUUCAGAAUUGGCUGAGAGCUCCCAACAUUCUUCCUACCAUGAAUCUGACCUAUUCUCCGGAGACAAGUGUGAUGAAGGAAUGAGUGACCUGCAGAAGGAAGUGGACGCUGCCGAGGAGUCUCCAGAGGCCGUCACAGAGGAAGAGCACACCAAAAAAAAACACAGGCGAAACCGUACCACCUUCACCACCUAUCAACUCCACGAGCUGGAGCGAGCAUUCGAGAAGUCCCACUACCCGGACGUCUACAGCCGCGAGGAGCUGGCAAUGAAAGUUAACCUGCCAGAGGUUCGUGUCCAGGUGUGGUUCCAGAACCGGAGAGCCAAGUGGAGACGUCAGGAGAAGAUGGACACCAGCACCAUGAAGCUCCACGACUCCCCCAUGCUGUCCUUCAAUCGUCCUCCGAUGCCUCCCAACAUGGGGCCGGUCGCCACCACUAUGCCCCUGGACCCCUGGAUGACCUCGCCCAUCUCUGGUGCAACACCCAUGCACUCCAUCCCAGGGUUCAUGGGCUCACCGCAGGGCAUGCAGCCCGGCUAUCCGAGCCACGGCUAUCUCAACACCCCACCCGGCAUGGUGCAGGGCAUGCAGUCGAUGGGCCCCCCUCCAUACCAGUGCCCACCGGGCUUCAGCGAUAAAUACCCGAUGGAGGACGAGAGGAGCUCGAGCAUCGCGGCCCUCAGGAUGAAGGCCAAAGAGCACAUUCAGUCGAUGGAUAAAACCUGGCAGCACAUGUGACCUGAUGCGUGGAGGGAUCGUUGAGCCGCUGAAUGUUUACAAAAUGUUUUUUCCACUGUUUGUUUUUUUUGUGAACCCAUGGCACGUGACACAAAAGAAGUCCGUGUUUUUGCGCUUGAAAAUAAACUCCUUGUGUUUCUGAAAAGAAUUACUUUAAUUAUUUUAACCCCCGAUGAAAAAUGAAGAAAUCCUUUUUUUUUUAACACGCUUGUCUCUACAUUCAUUUAGUACAUUUUGGAUACAUUUGAGAUUCUGGCAAACAGAAAUAUAAAAGGCUACGAAGAGCCAUGUGGUCAGACGUUGCAACGUUUUUCAGUCUUAAAUCAUUUUAAUUGAAAAGUGUAACACAGUCUACAGUGCAGAACUCCCCUGAGGUGACGAUAUCUUUCUGGGGUUUAAUAUACUGUUGUACAUAUUGUCAGAACUAGACAAUACUAGUAUAAGUUUGUUUCAUACCUUUGUCUGUUUUGUUGUUGAUUUUGU